AUGACCAGGACUUCGAAGGACAAGCUAUUUGAGUUAGAUCCAGAGAUUGAGAGGACUUUCAGGGCUUUGAGAAUCCAAGAAAAAGCUUCAAAAGGCUCUGAAAAUACCUUAUCACAUUCAGAUAUUCCCAUGGCCGAUUCUAAUAGAACUAUGAAGGAGCUUGCAGCUCCUGAUGAGGCUUUCAAGUAUUCGUGCAUCACUUAUCCAAAUUUAGCAGGAGAUUUUGAGUUGAGAUCAAGGCUGAUUCAUUUACUUCCUAAAUUUCAAGGGUUAUCUGAAGAAGAUCCAAAUAGACAUUUGCAUGAAUUCCAUGUGGUAUGCUCAACCAUGAAGCCACAGGGAAUUUCAAAAGAAGAUAUCAAGCUAAGGGCUUUUCCAUUUUCAUUGACUGGAGUAGCAAAGGAUUGGCUAUAUUAUUCGCCACCAGGAUAUAUUACCUCUUGGAUUGAUAUGAAGAAGGAUUUCUUGGAGAAAUACUUUCCAGCAUCAAGGACCGCUACUAUCAGGAAGAGUAUUUGUGGAAUUCAACAAGUGGUGGGAGAGACACUUUAUGAAUAUUGGGAGAGAUUCAAGAAGCUAUGUGCAAGUUGUCCUCAACAUCAAAUUAGUGAGCAGUUACUAGUUCAGUACUUCUAUGAAGGAUUAUUGCCUAUGGACCGAAUUAUGAUAGAUGCGGCAGCUGGAGGGGCUUUGGUGAAUAAAACUCCAGAACAAGCUAGAGAGCUCAUUUCUAAUAUGGCAGAGAAUUCUCAACAAUUUGGAAGUAGGGCUUUAACUACAAAGAGGAGUUGGAGAGCGUUUUCUAGAGCUCAAUUUUCUCAAAAAUAUGAUCCUUAUUCUUCUACCUAUAAUCCUGGUUGGAGAGAUCAUCCAAAUCUAAAGUAUGGUAAUUCAUUUCAUCAACAACCACCCUUGAAUCAAAGUUUCCAGCAGCAAUUCCAACCUUUUCAGAGACAAUUUCAGACUUAUCAGCAAAUACCUAAUCAAAAUCAGCAACCUCAUUUUCAAAAUAAGCAAAAUCAGCAAGGUUUCCAACAGCCUGCAACUCAAUUCCAGCAGCAACAAACACUUCCAGCAUCUUCAAGACUGAGUUUAACUCAAGGGAACUCUAGCAAUACCUCAAAUUCUGAUCCACAACAGGCUAGAUUGGAGGAAUUGAUGCAACAAAUCCUUCUUCAGCAACAAAAUCAGCAAAGGACAGAUUCGGCAAUACAGAAUAUAGAAAGGCAGAUUGGGCAACUAGCUUCCAGCCUUAAUCAAAUGCAAGCCCAAGGAUCCAGUCAAUUGCCUUCACAAACUACUCCUAAUCCCAAGGGGAAUGUUAGUGCUUUAACUUUAAGGAGUGGGAGGAGAAUUUCAGAAUUUUUGAGUGAAGAGAAAGCUGCUGAAAACUUUCGAGAAUUACAGCAGUCUAAUUCCAACAGUGAAGGAAUUCAAGAAGAUCAGAGUGUUCCAAAUUCAAGUUCCAUUCCAGCUUUGAUUGAUCCAUUGGACUUGGAGCAUUCACAAAGAGGUGGGAGAAUUAAUCCAGAAAAUUCCAGCAGCUUUUAUUCGGCAGAAUUGCAAAAUUCUAGCAAAGCUGGAGAUUCAGGAAUUCAGAAUUCUAUUCAAGAAAAUUCAGAGCUCAACGUGUCAUUGCCUUUUCCUCUACGAAAAACUCAACCAAGGAAGAAUAUAGAAGAGGAAAGAGCUAAGGAAUUUCAAGAGCUUGUGAACUUAUUUAGCAAGGUUGAGGUAAAUGUUCCUUUGCUUACAAUGAUCAAGCAAAUUCCAAAAUAUGCAAGGUUUCUUAAGGAUCUCUGUGUGCAUAAGAAGAAGUUGAAGGGGAAUGAAUUGAUCAACUUAGGAAAGAAUGUAUCUGCUCUUAUUCAACCAGUUCCCUAG